AAAAGCUUUUAUCCACCAUAGUCAUAAACUUUUUUGGCAAUUAUCAAGUUAGUAACUGUAUAAAAAGCUAACCGCUGAUUGACUUUCCAUUCAGUCGCACGGCAAACGCCCAGCCGUAAAGUUUCCCAAGUGCCAGAGAGUGAUAGUUGAGCCAGGAACCGCACGAUGUCCGCGAAACCGUUCAAGGUGCUGAUCACCCAUCCGGAGGUGCCGCAGUCGGGCAUUGAUCUGCUCAAGGAGAACUGUGAGCUCGUCCAGGUGCAGAGCCUGCCGCCCAGCCGUGCGGAGCUGCUGCAGAAGAUCAAGGGCGUCGACGGCGUCUUCUGGGGUGGACACGGUGCACUCAAUGCCGAAGUCCUCGAUGCUGCCGGGCCACAGCUGAAAUCAAUUUCCACCAUGUCGGCGGGCAUUGACUACGUCGACUUGGAGGAGGUGAAGCGUCGCAAGAUACCACUGGGACACACGCCCACCGUGCUGAACACGGCUGUGGCCGAUCUGGCGGUGGGUCUGCUCAUCGCAGCGGGUCGUCGCUUUCACGAGGCACGCCGGAAGAUCGACACUGACAACUGGGAGAACUAUCAUCUGAACUGGCUGCUCGGCCAGGAUGUGCGCGACUCUGUCAUUGGCUUCUUCGGUUUCGGCGGCAUUGGCCAGGCGAUUGCCAAGCGCCUCUCCGGCUUCGACAUUGACCAGGUGCUCUACACCACCCGGCGUCGCAUCGACAAGGAAACCGAACAGGAGCUCAACGCCAAAAAGGUGGAGUUCGAUGAGCUGCUGGCCAAGAGCGACUUUGUCGUCAUCGCCUCACCCCUGACCCCGGCCACCCAGGGCAUCUUCAAUGCCACCGCCUUCAACAAGAUGAAGAAGACCGCCGUCCUGGUCAACAUUGCCCGAGGCAAAAUCGUCAACCAGGACGAUCUCUACGACGCGCUUAAAUCGAACCGCAUCUUUGCCGCCGGCCUGGACGUUGUGGAUCCCGAACCCCUGCCGCCCAAUAACAAAUUGCUCGCCCUGGACAAUGUCGUUAUUCUACCCCACAUUGGCUCCGCCACCACGCGCACCCGUUCCGACAUGGCCACGAUUGCCGCUCACAAUGUGCUGCGCGGAUUGGCCGGGGAGCGGAUGCUGUCGCCGGCCUAUUAGGAAAAGCGUGGAAAUUCAUGGGAGACCCACUGAAGCGUGCAAGGAUUAUUGCUGUGAACAUUAUUAACAAUUGAUUGUGUGAAUGAUUGCAAAUUUAAUAAAAUAAUAUCAAAUAAGAA